CUUGAACGGGCGGACGGUAAUCGUGGUGUAAAGUGAAGUGAACGCUGGUGUUUCCCUCCUCAAACUAUCGACUUACUACUCUCCGCGUAACGGCAUACAUCCGAUAUACAUUCUACCCUACAACAUGUUUGCCUUUGAGCCCCACGACGACCACCUGCAGGUGCCUCAGGCCGACCCGCUGACGGACCUGACGCACCCGGACGGCAUCCCGAUUGCCGGCGCGUCCGCAGCCCCCUUCCCCGACACCAUGGACGACGCCGACUUUGAGGAGCGCUCGAUGCGCUUUGCGCGCAACAUAGCGCGCUCGCCGCCGGUCAAGGUCGCGGCGCAGUCGCCGCACCGGCAGGCCAUGCUGAACCAGGGCUCGCACGCGCAGGCGCUGGGCGACAAGCUCAACAUCGAGCAGGCGCGCAAGAACGCGGCCAAGAAGAAGAAGAAGAAGCGCGCCAACAAGACGCCCGCCGCGCCCGCCAUGCAGACGAUCCGCGGCUUCCAGACCCCCGUCACCUCGGGCGGCGAGGAGUCGGACGUGUCCGCCCUCAGCACCCCGCGCUUCGGUCCCCACGUCGCCGACCUCUCCAGCGUGACCAGCAGCCCGGCGCUGCGCCCUACGUCGUCCUGCGCCGGUAUUAGCUCGCUGAAGUCGCAGCUGGACAAGCUGAGCAUGGGCUCCGGCGCGGCGGCGCGGCAGUCGCCCUCGAUGAUGGCGGCGUCCAGCAACGCCAGCGUCAUCUCCGACAUCGAGUCGAUCAACAGCGACAGGACGGAAAUGGACAGCUACCAAGUGAACAUUGACGAGGACUUUGCGGCGCCCGAGAGCAAAGUGGCGGGGGCUACGAGCGGGGCGGACAGCAGCGACGUGGAGCCGCCGCCGCCGCAGCAGCAGCAGCAGCAGCAGCAGAAGCAGCAGAAGCAGCAGGCGAAGAAGGGUCCCGCGCGGCCCAAGAUGACGGCCGACGACUUCGAGGUGAUUAGCUGCCUGGGCAAGGGGUCGUACGGGACGGUGCUGCUGGUGAAGCAGAAGACGACGGGGCGGCUGUUUGCGCAGAAGCAGCUGAAGAAGGCGUCGCUGACGGUGCACAAGAAGCUGGUCGAGCAGACCAAGACGGAGCGCAUCAUCCUCGAGAACGUCAACCGCCACCCUUUUGUCGUCAAGCUGUACUACGCCUUCCAGGACCACGCCAAGCUCUACCUGAUCCUCGAGUACGCGCAGGGCGGCGAGCUCUUCCACCACCUGGCCAUGGAGCGCAUGUUCAGCGAGGACGUGGCCGCCUUCUACAUGGCGGAAAUGGUGCUGGCACUCGAGCACCUGCACCGCAACAUCGGCGUCGUCUACCGCGACCUGAAGCCGGAAAACUGCCUCCUCGACUCCGAAGGGCACCUGCUACUAACGGACUUUGGACUCUCGAAAGUCGCCGUCAACGACGCCGACACGUGCAGCUCCAUGCUCGGCACCGCCGAAUACAUGGCCCCGGAAGUGAUCCAAGGGCGCGACUACGGCAUGGCCGUCGACUGGUGGUCGCUGGGGGCGCUGGGCUUCGACCUGCUGACGGGCGCGCCGCCCUUCUCGGCCGCCAACACGGCAAAACUGCACGACAAGAUUGUGCGGCAGAAGCUGCAGCUGCCGUACUUCCUCUCCCCGGACGCAAAGGACUUGCUCACGCGCCUGCUGCGCAAGGAACCCGCCAAGCGCCUCGGCGGCAACAUGCCCAAGGACCUGGCUACCAUCAAGGCGCACCGCUUCUUCCGCGGCAUUGACUGGAAGGCCCUCGCGAAAAGGGACGUGGAGCCCCCGAUUAUCCCCCUGAUUACGGACCCCGAGCUAGCCGAGAACUUCUCCAAGGAGUUUACGGAGCUGGCGACGAGCCCCGUCGUCGGGGCUAGGAUGGGGAUGGGGAUGGGGAUGGUGGCGCCACCGCCGGCUUUUGGGCUGGGUAUGAGUGUUGGUGGGGGUGUUGGUAGCGGUGGUGCGAUGGGGGCGGGUAAUGGUAAUGGUGCCGUGCCCCGCGAGGAGCAGGAUCCGUUUGGCGGGUUUAGCUUCGUGGCUAGUAGCAGCCUGUUGGAGUGUGGCGACGGGGCCGUCUUUUGACUCGUUGGUGUUGCUGUUAUUGCGACGGAUGACGCGCCUCCUCUGGGUUGGGGGCGUCGUGGUGUUGGUGGCUGCAGGGGGGAGGGAGGUGAUUUUUUCAUUUUUCAUUUUUUUGUACGACUUGGUCAUUGCUUGCUUGCUUGCUUGCUUGCUUGCUUGCUUGCUUGGGCUGGAUGGAUGCAUGCAUGGGUGGGUAUACGGACACAGACAGAC